UGUGUUCCAAGCACAAGGCUGGCACGCCGCUCUCCUCUGACCGUCUCUCUCUCUCUGCAGCCUGGAUCAAAGACCUGAGCAGUAUCCCUGAACCAACUGCUGCUUUGUCACCUUUUUUUCUGGGGAUUUUCUGGGUUUUUAAUUUGCUGAAAACUCAUCAGCUGUUUUGGUUUUAGGCGGACAGAUAUACAGAGACACUCUUCCAGUGUGGAUUUGUGGUUCAGAAGGAGCUGUACAAGUCCUCCGACAUGGCACCGGUGAAAGGCUGGAUGGUGGGGCUCCUGCUGGUGCUCCUGUGUCCGUCACAGCUCCCACUCUCUGGGGUGGUGAGCGCCCAGGACGUGGCUGAAGCGGAGGAGGACCUCCACGUCAGAGAUGUUGAGGAGGUCGUGGCCGAAGAGGGCGAAGCUGCUGAGGGAGGUGAUGACGCUGAGGAAGAAGUAGCAGAGGAGGACGAUGAUGGGGAAGAAGAGGCAGGCGAAGAGGAGGAGGAGGAGGAGGAAGAGGAUGCAGCGGAGGAGGAAGAGGAUGCUGAGGAGGCAGAGGAGGAGGAAGAAGGGGAUGAGGAAGAGGAAGCUGCAGAGGAAGAAGAAGAAGAAGAAGAAGAAGAAGAAGAGGCAGCUGAGGAAGAAGAGGAAGAAGGGGAGGAGGAGGCUGAUGAUGAUGAGGCUGACGAUGAGGAGGAGGCAGCAGAGGAAGAUGAGGAAGAGGAGGCUGAUGAUGAUGAUGAAGAAGCAGAGGAGGAGGCUGAUGAUGAUGAUGAAGAAGGGGAAGAGGAGUCUGAUGAUGAUAAUGAAGCAGAGGAGGAGGAGGAUGGUGAUGAUGAUGAUGAUGAUGAUGAAGAAGCAGAGGAGGAGGAUGGUGAUGAUGAUGAUGACGAUGUUGCUGAGGAGGAGGAGGAGGAUGGUGAUGAUGAUGAUGAUGAUGAUGAAGAAGCAGAGGACGAUGGUGAUGAUGAUGAUGAAGCCGAGGAGGAGGAAGAUGGUGAUGAUGAAGCAGAGGAUGAUGAUGAUGAUGAGGAGGCCACAGCUGAGAGUGAGGAGGAAGAGGAGGAAGCCUCUGAAGGAGAGGAGGCCGGCGAUUUCCACUCUGGAUCUGUGUGUGGUGUUUGUACCAUCUGUGAGCAUUGCUCUAAGAACUGUGACAAGUGUCCCUGUGAGGAGGGAGACGAGUCGGAUCACUGUGAGAGCUGCCAAAGCUGCUCAUCCUGCUACAUUUGCCCCAUACUGUGCGACACAAUUUGCACACCAGGCGGCCUUGUAGAUGAGCUAUCCGGGUCCCUCUUUCAGUAA